UCUGUAAACCAUGCUAGCGGUUUAAAAAUUCCGCUUCCUACGACUUUGGCAGAUUUGCAACAGGAAUAGCUAUGCAGUUUAUGUUUCCCAGGAGUUUACAUCUUACUCUGAUUCAAAUCAUAUUUUUCCAGAUCUUAUCAAUUUUGACAUGACCAAUUUGCGACUACAAUAAGUAAGAAAGACAUUGGGGAGGAGGUUGAACUGCUCUACAUUAGAUUGUGGACCCCGGGUUACUUAAAGCUAGAAUUUGCCUUAUUUUUCCGGAUCCGUUGGCAAACCGGUAAAUUAAAAUAAACAAAGAUGGUAGAUGCAACUCCCCAACUUUGCAACUCCCUGUGUAAGUGUAGUCAUUGUUUAGUGAUUUCAUUAGUGUGCAAAAAGGCUUAAUUAGGAUCUAUCAUUUUUUUAUACAGUAACAUUCUAUUUAUAAAAAGCCUUUUCUGACUUAGUUUCUCUAGUAUAUAUGUCAGUCACUAUCUGUUUUACCUUCAGCCCACUGACUCUUAUACAUAUAAAAAUAACUAAUAUGUGUUGAAUGUUGAUAAACACAUCUUUUCUUUUGUUGGGACACACAGGGUAUUGUGUAAAUUUAAUGCAGAAUAACUUAAGACCCUGUACUGCUUUCUUUGCACUCUCCUCUCCACUUUCCUUGGAAUCCCUUCUCUUCCACCAUUCAAACACUUCACAAUAAAAUUAAACAUUUCAUUGGACAUCAGAGUUGUAUUUUUUUUGUAACUCCUUAUCCAACCAUGUUCAAACUUAAGUCCAAUGUCGUCCAUUUUAAACGUGCAACUCUAAAUACAAUACAUUAUAAAAUAAUAUAAAUGUAGCAACUGCUAGCUACAUAGAUGGAUUGGUUUCAAUGUAACUGUUAGGACAACGAAAACUUUGUUUUAAAACAACUGAACUGUACCUCUUGACUUCCACAAGGUUUUUCCUCUUCCGUUUGUGGGGUUGUGCGAUGUCUGACAAGCACAGUGCCAAGUUAGGUAAUUGACAGAACGCGAAAAAUAUUGCCCAAGAUGGUGUAGAGGAUAACACAGGUUGGAACGUUGUAAGUGUUUUUUUAACUCGUUAUUUUUAAAUUACUUUCCACCCCUUGUCACUAUUAUCGUAAGCCACCUUUGGUACUUUUAUACCCCUGAAAAUACUAAAUUCUGGAAUCCAAAUUCCAUCCCACCAUAUACAAAAAGCUACAUUGUCAAAAAUUACAGCUAAAAAAUUUGAUCCAGUCUUCUCCUAAUAAAGUAUCUGUUAAUCUUCCCCUGGAAAAUUGGCCAUUUUGAAGGAAAGGGGGUAAAAGGUGAUCUCUGAUACGUUUCUUGCUAUUCGAAACCAAGAAGGGAAGCGAUAAAAGAACGCCGUAUUCGAUUAAAGGAAACACAGUAUUAAUUUUUAAUGAGAGGAAAAAAACAAAAAAAAUUAUAUUUUCAUAUUCUUUUUUAUAUUUUUUACAACUGUUCGUGAUUUUUUUACCACUUUUUCAAACUCGUCCCUUUGACAUUAUUGUCACUGAACACCUUUCGUUGAUCACGUCUGAAAAUGAUCAGUUUCAAAAAUUAAGGGGGGUUUUGUGACAUUUCAACAUGUCAUCAUUUGUCAUUCUCUACAAAGUGUAAUUUUGAGGUUACUGUUAACAAAAGGUAGGUACAUUUGGUGUAUAAAAAUGGGCAACUUUUAAAAAAGGAAGCACAUUUUGAGGUUACCUAGUUUUCAAGAUAUACUCGAAAAUGUGAUGUGGUAAAUUUGAGGUUACCAAAAUGAGGUUACCCUCUUCAAAGCCUUAUAUCUAAGGAUUCCUUGGGAUUACUUUAAUGAAACUUGGUACAGUGGUGACUAAAUUGGUAAGCAACCCAACUAAAUCUUUGAAUAAUUGAAUUUGUAAAGUGUGUGACUAUAUUGAGGUUACCAAAUUUAAUGAUUUUUUCUCAUUCCUCAAUUAGGCAAUGCAGAGCAUAGAGAAUCAGAUUUUAUUUUAUGGUAUUAUGUCUAUACGUAUGGAAAAUCGUGAAGAAAAAUAAGAGAUGCAUUUUAGUUGAUAUUUUGAGGUUUCUGUUAUAUGUAGAAAUGUUUCUAAGAGAUAUACUACUAUUUUGCAAAAUUAUCAUUAUAAUAUUUCCAGGUAACUUUUAUGUAAUAUAACAUUUUAAUGUAUCAAACUCAUAUUCACUAGUUCCAAGAAAUAUCAGUUUCUAAACAUGAGGUUACCAUUUGAUCAAAAUGUGUUUUCUGUGAGGUUACCUACUAGAUGUUGCAUAUAAAACUAUAUUUUAAAGUGUGAGUUUGUGAGGCCAAAUUAAAUUAAUAAACAGUAUGAAUCUAAUGUUUUCCAACUGAUAUAAUUGAAUUCAACAUUUGUGUUCAAGCUGAGGUUACAAUGGUAUGAAAAAGUACCGUAUAUACAUGUAGUACUAGCACUUCAUGCACAAUGGAAAACAAGUCAGAAAGUAGAAUUUAGGAAUACUCUACAUUGCACUUUUAGAACAUGUUUUAGAAUAUUGAUAGUACACUGAUAGAAUAGUUGCAGAAUGUAGCUGUUUUAAAUUUUUUUUAUUUCAGUUGUUGUUGUUGUUGCAUUAGUGAGGUUACUGUGAGAAAAAGUGUACACCAGAAAUAUAAGUUUAUCUUUUAUUAUUGUAUAAAAUAUUAUUAGUAUGGAGAAUAGCAAGUUUGAGUGGGUAUGUCCAGUUUGUCAGAAAAUUUUGAAGCAUCAUAAAAGUGUUAGCAGACAUAAGAAGAGUUAUGCAAAGAAAACUGAGUUAAAAUGUUCACAGUGUGAAAAAUGUUUUGACAGAAAAGACAACUUUUUGAGGCAUCAAAAAAGUUGCAAAUUAAAAGAGAAAAAUAUAUGUAAAGUUUGUUUAAAGGUUUUCAAAACAAAGUGGCUUUUGAAACGACAUAUGAAGGUUCAUGAAAAAAAGAAAAUUGUAUUAUGUAAAAAUUGUGGAAAAAAAAUCGAGAUGGAUAAAGCUGAACACCAUCCAUUACAAUGUAUACAAGAAAGACCCAUCUCAAGUGUUGACCUAGAUAACGACUUUGUAUCUAUGGUAACAAUACCAAGGUAACCAAUCUGACUGAAGCUUUAAAUAUGAAUAGAAAAUAACACAUUAUUGAUUAUAUAUUUAUGUUUUUUAUUAGAUCUUACAACGUCAGUACAAUAGUUGAACAAACAGUGAACAAUAGUCUAGUAGAAAGAACUGAAUCAGGAUCUGAACAUUUGAUUAGGUAAUACAUUAGAUAUUCUAAUGCCAUGUAGUACUUGACUAGAAUUGGUUUCAACAUAGCGAGUUUUAUUUAGCUCAAUGAAUGCUGAAUCAGCACCAUUAGAGUUUUCAAAAAGCAACAUGGCAGAAUUGUCAGAGCUAGCUACUUGUGAUACUCCAUCUCAGUUAGAUAAAGAGGUGCCUUAUUUAUUCAUUAAGACUAUAUAGUGUUUGAUAUGAAAUGCAUUUACCUUUUUAUGCUUACAUUUUACUUCGUCUCAAUUGUAGGUUCCAAUUGUAGUAGAUAUGACAAUUCAUUCAACACCAAAACCAACAAGAUUUAUAAAGAAAAUUGUAAGGUAGUUCAUCUUGUGAAUAUUGAGGCAAAAAAACGCUAUUCUCAAGUUAAAAAUUGUAUCAUUAGGUUGAUAUGCCGUCAAGUGAAGUGAUAAAUUCUGGCAAUUUAGUUUGAUAGUAACCUCAUAAAUACCACACUUCUCUUAAUUUUCAAAUUACUGAACAAUGUCAUUAAUUUUAUACAACUUGUAGUGAAGCAAUGUUUCAAGAUUACCCAUAGUUCACAGAUUUUUCUGUUUUAUCUUAUUUAAACACAGAUUGUAACGUGGGUAACCUUAAAAUCAACACAUUUCCUUCAACAACACCUACUGAAAUGCUCCAAAAGAUAUUUUAAGUAGAUGUUUUGUACAUAUUUAUGAGGAAAAUAUCUUGAAUCACUAAUAUGAAAAUAACUCUAAAUUUUUUUUCAGUAGAUUGUAACCUCGAAAACAGCACAUAUAUGGCAAAAUUUCUUGCACCUUUUUGGAUAAUGUAGGACUUCGGGCUAUCUAGUUUACAUGAAAGAAAAUUCGAUUUGGUAGCCCCACUAUUUCUCAAGUAUUUGGUAUCACAAGGAAGACCUAUAUUAUUGAUGGUAACCUCAAAAUUACCACGUUUUUUGGAAAUCAAAAUGUCAUUUGAGGGUGGUAACCACCAUAAGACCAACAUACUAAAAUUUCAAGUAAAUAGGGCAAGAUGUGUUCCAUUUGAUGCUGAAACUCUAAAAAUGCUCAUUUUGGCAGUUUCAGAAAAUGUCACACUAUUUUUGAAACUGAUCAAAUAUAAUGUUAGUAUAUACUUUAUACUAAGGGAUAAUAAAUUGCAAAUAAGUUACAAAAAAGGGAUUGGUUUACUACCAGUUUUGUAGAGUUGUUGUUUCAGGAGCUAUCAUUUGGUGAAAUAUCAACAAUUUCUUUGGGCCAAUAGUCUAACAACAAUGCUUUGAGUUUGUUGCUUUCUUCAGAGGUAGUUUGUCACUUAAUCAAAAAGGAAACUGAUUAGAAAGAAUAGAAAAAAUCAGCAAAAAAGAAAAUUCCAGAAAGGUAGUCAAAAAUAUAUAAAUCUCAAAAAAAAAUUUUUUUAUCUUGUCAAUCUAUGAUGACACAAAUUUCCUAUUUUUUUUGUAUCACUACUAAAGUUUAAAAGGCAUUGUUUAAUUGAUCUGUUGAAAGUGUUUUUACCAACAGUUUUCAUAUAUAUACUUAAAUUUUGCAAUUUUCUUCUUCAGCACCAACUAUAUGACCAUUACUAUAUUAUGUUUUGAAUUUUAAAAGGAAAGGAUUGGAAAUUAUGCAUUAGGAAAAUAUGGAUCAUUUUUCAAUGAUUGUUGUAUAUAAGCAAAAAUCUUACUUUAACAUUCUUUUAUAUCUUAUAUAGCAUUGUUAAAAGUUCCAAACGUUUAAAAAGUUUGAAAUGGAUGAAGAACCUUGUAAAAAGAAACUAAGGUUAUCUGUUGAAAUAGAUGCUGACACCAAUACUACCACCGAAAAAGAAGAAACUGAAUGUUUGAUUGACAUUGCGCUAGAUGAGAAAGAGAAUGUGCUUGACAAUGUUAAGAAAGAAGAUGAUAAAAAAAAAAAGCAUGAAAAUGAAAUUGCUGUUGGUGUAACAUGUUUUAUUAAUAACAGCAUGAAAUCUUAUGGGAUAAUAAAACAAAGGUUUUCAGAUUUUAUGGUCCGUGAAUGUGACUUAAAUGGUGAACCUGUUUACUUGACUAAUAUGGAUCAUUGUGAUCAAGAUUUGAAAGAUACAUCAGAAAAUUUGAGUGUUGUAGAUUGUCCUUUGUCACAAGAAACAUCAGAAAAAAUAAAAAAUUUUUCUGAAAAUGAAGACAAGAUGAAAACACUGACCUUGGAUGUUGAUAAUGACAAAGAACACAGAAAAAUUGUUCACAAAUAUAUUAAAGAUACAUUUAAAAGUAUUGAAACUAGAACAGUUUCAUUGGAGGAUAAUUCACGGGCUAUUAUUCUAUCCUUCAAAUCCAACAAAACUAAUGGAAGUAAGCGCAGAUUUCAACCUACAAAAAAAGUACCCAAGUACUGCCAUUUUGUUUUGUUUAAACAAAACAAAGAUACGAUAGAUUGUGUUAACUUGUUGGCUAAGAUGCUUCAUACGAAAUCACAGUUGUUCUCGUAUGCUGGAACUAAAGACAGGAGAGCAACUACCAUUCAAAGAUUGUGUGUUCAAAAUAUGCUUUCAAAACGCAUGCAAGGAUUAAACUCUAGGCUAAAAAAUAUUGUGCUUGGUAACUUCUCAUAUUCACAACAAGGGCUGUCUUUAGGAGAUCUAUCUGGGAAUGAGUUUACAAUAGUCAUCAGAAAUGUUUUAUCAGAAGAUAAAAUAACUAAAGCAUGUUUAUCUUUAAGAGAGAAGGGAUUUAUUAAUUAUUUCGGUCUCCAAAGGUUUGGUACAGGUGCAGUACCUACACACAUAAUAGGGAAAGCUUUAUUGACAGAGCAGUAUAAAGAAGCUGUAAAUAUGAUCCUCACACAUCGACAUAAUGAAGACAAUCCCCAAUUUGGAGAGCACGCAGCGAAAAAGAUAUGGACUGAAACAAAGGAUUUAGAAAGUGCUAAAAAAGCUGUUAAAAGUAAUUAUUCUAUUGAAGGAAAGAUUCUAGAAUCUUUAUCCAAUCAAAAUAAAAAAAACUUUCUUGGUGCGAUACAAUGCAUUCCUCGGAAUAUGCGACUGUUGUAUUUACAUAGUUAUCAAAGCUUUGUUUGGAAUAAAGUGGUUUCAAAGAGAAUUAUGGAUAAUGGUUUUCAAGCUUGUGUGGGAGACUUAGUGUUCAAUAAAGAAAAAAAUACUCGGGGAUUCGAAGAUGUCUUAAUGCUAACUGAAAACAAUAUUAUGUCGAAAGAUUACAACAUAUUUGAUAUUGUUCUUCCUUUGCCUGGAUAUGACAUGAAGUACCCAGGAAACAAUAUGGAAGAGUAUUACAAAAUAUUGUUGCAACAAGAUGGGCUAGACUUAAAUAAUAUGAGACGAAAGCAAAAAGAUUUUUCACUGUCAGGAUCGUACAGAAAUAUUGUAGUUAAACCAAAGAACGUCAAAUGGAAAAUAAUCAACUACAGCGAUUUUAAAAUUUCUCUAAUUAAAAAUGAUUAUGAAAAACUUACCAAUACUUCUCCAGUUGUUGAAAACAAGGAGAGGGGAAAGUUUAAGGCUUUGAAAUUACGGAUGACUUUACCGCCUUCAAGUUAUGCAACGUCAGCAUUAAGAGAAGUUGUCGACCAUGAAGCAUCAUAUAAGACACAAGUCAAAUUAAAUGAAACAGUUGACAAGAAACAAACACUAGUUUAAUUUUUUUUUAAUUGUGUUCUUUCUCUUUGUGGAACUGGUCCUUUUAUUUCAUAUUUAAACAAUGUGAAUAUAUUAUUUUCAGAAGUAAAUAAAUAUUAAACUUAAUAGUUUUAUAUUCCUCUUGUUGUGGUAAAAGGUGGAAGACAUUUUAAAUAAUUAAAGUUUGUAAGAAGAAAAGUAAUAUUAUUGUCAACACAAAUGUACCAUUUUAUGUAUAACUGGUGUUUGAAUCACCUAUUGGUUAAA